ACUCGGAGAGUUGCAAUAGAAAGAGGAGCUCGCCUACGCAGCCCUAGACUAUCCUCAACGGAUACCACACAGCCUUCAGUCUUGACGCAUACCCUUUUCCCCUUCGGUAGCGAAACGACGCGGGGAGAGAACCAUGAACGCGCCUGAUCGUUACGAGCGAUUUGUAGUCCCUGAAGGCACCAAGAAGGUUUCAUAUGAUCGUGACACGAAGAUCAUUAACGCUGCUUCCUUCACAAUCGAGCGAGAAGACCACACAAUCGGCAACAUUCUCCGCAUGCAGCUUCACAGGGACGAUAAUGUCCUUUUCGCAGGCUACAAGCUUCCCCAUCCUCUUCAAUACAAAAUCUUAGUCAGGAUUCACACAACUAGCCAGUCUUCUCCAAUGCAAGCAUAUAACCAGGCUAUCAACGAUUUGGACAAGGAGCUUGAUCACUUGAAAAAUGCAUUUGAGGUGGAAAUGGCAAAACAUUCAAGGGAGUUCUAGUAUGAAGUCAAGGGAGGUAGUUCUUGUGAUAGGCGCUGGCUGAUGGAGCUGAGGAAGUAAACUGUAAUUCACUUGCUUCAAAUCAUUUGAUUGGUCUGAACUCUUGUAUCUCCAAUGGGUUUACCAUGGCACUGGCCAACAACCAGCAUACCUCAGCGCUGUAUAGAAGUGCUUAAUGUCUUGGGCUCUUAUCUGGCUGCCGGCUACAAUUUCCAACUCUCUUAUUCCUCUUUGGCCUUUCUUCUCUACCUAUUUUUAUUUUUUUUUUAAUUUAUAUAUAUAUAUAUAUAUAUUGUGUUUUUAAUUUUUAUUUUUACAUAUGAAAGCAUGGACUUCGGACAUUAAAAUUUGAAAUGUUGAAGUUUUAGACAAAACAUGAUAUAGAAUUAUAGUAAAUUAUUUUUAAACGCUAAAUCUAAAUUUUAAAUUUGUUCUUCCAAA